UUCCAUUUUUCCACCCAUCUGGUGUGAUUGUUUUACGAGUUCAACGCAGUACCUGGUAUCAAAAUCUCCAUGAUUGUGGGGAAACCCGCUUUCUCUAAGAUCCAUCAUCAUCAUCAUCAUCCAUUUAUUUACUUCACUUCCCAUUACCUCCUCGGGAUAUUAUUGUCACUUGCACAUUACCUACACAAAAAGACACUACUCUACCACUCGUAAUAACUUGUUGAGGAGUUGUCGACCACGGUGACACGAUCAAUCAGGACCUGGUGUCUUUUGCCCGACACAUCUUUACUCGAGUCAAAGGCGAUCAAGUAUAACCAAAGGUGGCCGAGCCGACACCGUUUACAUCAACUGCCGAAAACAACUAGCAAGUGAAAGAAUACUGCAACAACAACCAUCAAAAUGAAUAAACUCGACGACCUCAAACACAACCUUACCGAGGAAAAGGUACAAAAUGAAAAGCCAUCAAACGGUACCAUCUCCCGUGGUCCAUCACCUAACCGAGGUCAAUCACUCCGUGAUGUCGACGCGGUUGGUCCGGAUUGUGACAACAAGAGAGAUUGGCAAAAGAAACGUGGUAUCGACAUAACCAAACAAGUCAGACUGGUCAAGUUGAAUCACAUGAGGUAUCAACAUCCAGAUCUGAAUAAGAUCACUACAUUCUUGAGGGACUUUGGUAUGCACGUCACGAAAAAGGGUGACGGUGAGCGUUGGUUCAGGGGUUACGGACCGGAUCAGUACGUUUAUUACGCCAAAGAGGGACCUAAAAAGUACUUGGGAGGAUCGUUCGAGGUCGAAUCUCGUGAAGAACUCGAAAAGGUCCUCAAAUUGCCCGGUGCCACCGUCGUGUCAAACGGGAUCGAAGAGAUGAAGGACGCCCCAGGGGGUGGAUACAUCGUCACCAUCGCCGACCCCGAAGGAUUCUUGGUCAAUUUCGUCUGGGGUCAAGCGCCCGUCAAGGAAGAACGUGCGAAACCGGCAAAACUGAAAUUGAACGACGAGGUCGACAAACCGAGACAAAAGGCUUUUCAGAGGUUCGAUCCUGGACCGGCAGAAGUUCACAAGCUCGGUCAUUUCGGUCUCAACGUACAAGAUUUCCCUGCACAAAUGACGUGGUACACGACUCACUUCAACAUUGUCCCGUCGGACAUUUUGUACGUGCCAUUGGACAAGAUCGAUCCCGAGACGAAUCGACCCGCCCGGAAGGAGGUUGCUCUUUUCGCCAUGAUCGAUCGAGGUCAAGAUCUCGUGGAUCACCAUACUUUCUUCAUGACCACUUUGACCCCGGGGGUCGAAAAACAUGUCCACCACUCGUCCUACGAGGUUCACGACUUCGACACUCAGGCCCUCGGCCACCAAUGGUUGGCCGAGAAGAAAUACACCCCGGUGUGGGGGGUCGGUCGACACAUCCUGGGGUCGCAAAUCUUUGAUUACUGGUGGGACAUCAACGGGUUCAUGGUGGAACAUUACGCCGAUGGUGACCUCGUCAACAUCGACACGCCCAUGGGCUAUGGACCCGCCGGUCACGAAGGGUUGGCCGUAUGGGGUCCUGACGUCCCUACCGAGUUUUUGGAGUAAAUCGAAGUCACCUAAUUAACAGUCACUCAGUCACUCAGUCACUCAUCGGACAAGGGCCAAUACCGACUAUAACCGCCAUCUCCACCGACACCACUACCGCCGACGAAGAAAGUGUUGUACAUGUGGAAUGGAGGACAGGGUCACGGUGGGAGGUUGGGAAACAAUCUUUUCGACGACACACACGGUCGUUUUCCUACACAAAGAGACACACGUAUUUUUUCACACAAACACAUGUAUCCCCAUGACGAUUUGCACGACAGAGAAAGAGAGAGAGAGAGAGAGAGAGAGAGAGAGAGAGAGAGAGAUGGA